CCGCUCCCCGAGCGCAGUGAUUGCGGAGACUAGAGGUGGACGUGACGUGACGGACACAGGCGUUGCUGGACAUUACAUUGCUGAAGCCCGCUGUCGGGUGGUGGAAGCAGACUUAAAAGACAAAGAGGAGAGAAUUGGUGCUGGAGUGGGAAAAUGGGAAAGACAAGUGAAUGUGAUAACUGGAUUAUUCUUUACAAAGGCCAACGUGGGCUCAGUGGAAAUAUGACCAACUGUGGUGUGAUGAUUCUAAACAAAAGCACAAGAUUUUGAUCUCUGGAGUUUGUGCUGCAGGUGAAACCCAGGAAUGGUAACAAUGGACUCUGGGACAUUUGAUCAUGACCAUGGUUCUCUUAUUGUAAAUACAUUGGGUUGAUGUUUGACUCUUCUGUGGAAUGUAAGGAGCAAGAGCAGGUAUAGCCCAUACAGACCUUGAUCCUGCUUAGCUACCGGCUAACAUAUGAAAGGCAGUAAUUGUGAUAUAUUUGUUUUAGGAAGUUGUAACAGUGCCGAUGGAGAACGCACAGCAGCCAGUUUCUUCUAUUCUUCUGUCUACUGAGAUGCUCCAAAAUGAGAUAAUAUCAAAGCUUUCCAAAGGGUCAGAACAUCGGCAACGUUCCCGAAAUGGACAGAAACUCUUCAUUUGUUCUGAGUGUGGCAAGAGCUUUAACAAAUAUUCACAUCUCAAACUCCACUUGCUGGUGCAUACAGGGGAAAAGCCCUUUAAAUGCCGCAUAUGUGAGAAGGACUUCAAUCACCCAUCCAGCCUUCGGAAACAUGAGAUCACGCACACAGGAGAGAAGCCAUUCAAAUGCUCUGACUGUGAAAAGAGUUUCAACGACUCGUCAAAUCUGUCCCGUCACAAACGCAUUCACAGUGGUGAGAAGCCAUUCAAAUGUAAUAUGUGUGAGAAAGAAUUCACUUAUUCACACCAUCUAUUGUCGCACCAGCGCACACAUACAGGAGAGAAGCCAUAUCAAUGCCCAACAUGUAAGAAAGAAUUCAGCCAAUCUUCCUCAUUAGUGAUGCACCAGCGAACGCAUGCUGACAAGCGACCCUAUAAGUGUGGCACCUGUGGGAAGAAGUUUCAGUUGUCACGCCAUUUGGCGAGUCAUUGUUGCACGCAUACAGGAGAAAAAGCACUGGAAUACAAGAAAGAGUUCAAGCGUGAUUCUAGUUUGGCAAAACAUAAGCGUCUCAUUAUAGGGGAGUUGCCAUCUAAAUGUACAUUUUGUAGCAAGAUGUUCCGUCUGUCACACAAUCUAAUGAACCAGAAGCAUAUACGCGCUGGUGAGAAGCCAUAUCAAUGCUCUGCAUGUCGGCUUAAGUUCAACCAGCGCUCGUCUCUAAUGAAGUAUCAGCACGGAAGGGAGAGAACACUAUUGUGUUCCGUUUGUGACAAAGGAUUCAAUGGGUCCAACACACUGGCACACCACAUCAUUGCUGGCAGCAGCCCACAUUGCACUGGUUGUGGAAAGAGUUUCAAGAACUCAACAAAUCACAUUCAGCACCAGGCUAUACGCAUGGAAGAACGCCCAUACAGACUUGCUGGGUACAGGAAGAGCUUCAAGCAUGCGUAUAAAGGGUGCACACAGUUUAUUGAGCCAUCGGAAGUUACACGCAGGCAGGACUCCAUCCAAAUGUACGAGAUGCAAGAAACCCUUUAAAACACCUUCCAACCUGUUGCAUCAGUUGCAUUUCACAGUACUUGAGAUCUUGUCAUCCAAUUUUCUCCCUGCACUUUCCAAUAAUUAUGAAUAAUAUCACCUAGAUGAGACAUUGGCUUUGAAUAUCCACAAUCUCCCUUCCUAAAACAGGAAUUGCAAUGUUUUUUUAUUGAGGAAGAUUUUGACCCACUGAAAAAUAUGAUGUGAGUAAGUUACGCAGGUACUUAUUUCAGUAUUGAUGACUUCUUUAGCAACUACCUGCAAAACUGGGACUGUUUUUGAUGUUGACUGUGGAUUUGUUAGCAAUCUAAUUUUCUGGUGUGCUCCAUGUCAUAGUCCAUGCUCUUAUAUGCCUUAUUUUGUUGCUCCAACAUACAGUCUUUAAUAGCGGCCUGCUGUUUUUGAGCUCAGGAGGUAUGCGCUGUCAGACAUUCAGCAAAUCCUGCAUCUCACCAGAUCUGCCUUUAAUCAUAGCUGAGACUUCAUGUGCAGAUGGACAUUCUGGACAUGAAGACUUUGGACAUAGACCUGAGUUACCAGAUCCUGCUCUCUUUUUUCUGCUCAGCCAUGAUGGAGUUGCUGGACUUCCACCCGAAAUUGAUGGAAAAUUCAGGGCCAAUGUUUGAACAUUUUGUUUCCAUGGAACCGGUAUUUAUACUGUAGAGGCAGUUCCUCCCCAUAUGACGUUUUCUUCAAAUUUAUUGUUUUCCUUUCAGGGAAUAUUGUUGAAAUAUGCAGGAAAGAACGUGGAGAAAUAAAGAAAAAAAUUAUCUUUGCAGAAUCUUCAUAAAGGAGUGUUGUCAGCAGUUCUAUUUCACUUACUGGUGCCAAUAUGCAAUAAGAAAAAUGAGGUGCCACAUUUUUAAUUUUGCCUUGUAUGAUGUGUGUUAAGUCAAACUUCUUAUCGGAUCAUGAACCAUAGGUGGUCUUUUUUAGUUUUAUGAAUAUCAAUGUUUUGAAAGCCAGACUUUAAUUUUGUUGUAUGACAGGAAUAUUUGUCAUAUACAUACACACACCAUCACAUUUUGAUGAGAUUCUUUCGAAACAUUGAGAAUUAGAAUUUUCGUUCUUCGCAUUUGAGUGAAAACAGCAAAGAAAAUAAAGUUAUAUAUCUAGAACAAGGUUCUACUCCUUUUCAGAGUGUGAUCCAAACCAUAGUUUGUUAAUUAUUGUUAAUUUAUGAUUACUUUGACUCACUUGGCAGAGUGACAGUUUAUUUCCAACUCUUUAACAAAACUUUUACCUUCCAAGAAGGACAAUGCUAAUUAUGAAGUAUCACUGCUUUAUUUAAGGAGCUGUGCAAUAAACUCCUGUCUUCCACAUUACACUUGAAAAUAUCUUGCCCAUUAGAGAUAUGAACAAUAUUCUAACAGAUUAAUACAAUUAAUUGUCAAUGUCUCCAUUCACAGCAUUAUGCCUACUAUAACAUAAUGAAACCCUACUAAAGACUCGCAUCUCACAGAGGGAUAAAUUCUGCCAUGUUUCUGAAAUUUGCAAACUUUUUAGUGAUGCCAUUUUGUUAUUAAUGUAUUUAUUCUUUCUUGUCCUCACUUAUUCGCAAACACCAAUAAUUUACAAACCUCCACCUUCUGCAGUUGCAUCCUUUUAUCAUGAUUUUGAUCUUGCCACAUAAUGCAUUUGGUCUUGAAACUCUCAUGGCAUCACUAAUUGCUGGAUGGUUUUGCCUUGUAUAGCUCUAGCCAAUCUUGGAAACAAAAGCUGUUUCAAAAACAGCACAUUGGAAAUGCUUACUCUACACGCCCCUCGCUAAAAUUGGUAUGACCAAUCCUUAAUCUCGGUUAUAAAAUUAGAAAAUGCUGGAAACACUCAGGUCAUGCAGUAUCUAUGGAAAGCAUAUUCACAUUUUGGAUUAAAGACCCUUCAUCAGAUCUGGGUACAGGAGGAAAAAAAAUGCUAUGGUCCGUUGGAUUAUUUUUUGUGGUCUUUGUAUGUUAUCUGAAAUGUUAUGUCUGCAAUAUGCCAACUGAGGCCAAAGCAGUAAUUUUGAAAGUUAUAGCAUGGUCUAUGGUUUUGCAUUUAUUCCUCUAUUAAUAAUAAACUCAUGUAAGCUACAUUCUUUAUUUUUGAUAACCAGAGCAAGUAAAGAGCAGUAAAGUUACUUUGUCGACUUUAA